GAUGUCGAUCACGAGCUUGCGGUUGGGAUUGUGUGCCACGAGCGUCAUGUUCCACGUGGCAGUCAAUGCGGAGGAGCCGGUGAGCUCGAGUCCGGUCACGGCAGCUGAGUCGACCCAGAACUGGGGUUCCUCUGGAUUGAGCUAGCGACUGAUGUACAAUUGUGUCGAUCAGCAGAUCGAAGCGUGGUCAUCAGGCUGACCAAUAUGAGCAUACAACAGCCCACGCCGUGAGGGUUUAUCGGUUCGUCGUAUGAGUCGCGAUGAAGAACCCUUACCAUUUCUGCUACAGCUAUGGACGAGAUUAGGGUUUUUCUUCUGAGUUUAUAUGGAGCAGGUUUAGGGUUUUCGCGGUAGUGAUAUAUAGAAUGACCUAAACCUAAUUCCGUGUUGAGUCUUAUUCAUUUAGCAAAUGUAAUUAUUUUAUUAUUCUCUCUAGAGCAUCCCACACCAAAAAUGCCGAAGUUCAUGGUAAUUCGAUCUGACGCUAGGGGCCAGCUGACCAUCCUAAGAUUGAAGCUCGUCUAAAACAUAACUCAAAGCUGCAAGCACAUUAAUUUGCCACAAAGUUUGCUACUCUGAGGGAGGAUGUGGCUAAAGACAAUAGAGGUAAAUUAAGGUAGAUGCAAUAUGUCUAAUGUCUCGAAUGAUAGAGUUAAGUCGCUAAGGAGCUUUGCAUUUUUCAGUUACACGAUUAAUAACCAGUUGAGAGUCUCCUUCAACUAGAAUAUGAAAGCAAUUAUUUUCCCAAACUUUUAAGAGAUCUCAAUGUCAUUGCUUCAGUGAGGAGAUCGAACGAAUCCAAACGACAGUUGAAUACAUCUGGGUGCGAAAUUCAGUGAGGAUCGAGACAAACUGACUAUUUGUGUUUGAUUUGGAUCAGACCCGGCCCAAUUGUUCAUUUAUGUUAAUGUUAAAUUAAAACCAAAAAUAAAAUGAAAAAUAGUCAAAUGGCUCUCUCGGCCAUCGCUACUCUCACUCGCUUCUCAACUACUACCACUUCUUCUUCUUCUUCUCACUUCCACUGCAUCAGUAAACGGCUCAGACUCAUCGCCAGAGCACCAACCAAAAGUCAGCACCGCCAGAAAAUGACGUCAUCUUCUCCGGAAGCCAAGCAAGAGAAAAUCGCAGCUCCUUUCGGCUCGUGGAAGUCCCCAAUCACCGCCGAUGUCGUCUCCGGCGCCUCCAAGCGGCUCGGCGGCACCGCCGUAGAUUCCCACGGCCGCCUCAUCUGGCUCGAGUCUCGUCCGUCGGAAUCCGGGCGAGCGGUUCUGGUGAGAGAACCGGAGAGACCGGAAGACGAACCGGUUGAUAUCACGCCGAAGGACUACGCGGUUCGAACUCUGGCUCAGGAGUACGGCGGAGGCGCCUUCAGCGUUUCAGGAGAUACACUUGUCUUCUCAAAUUAUAAGGAUCAACGCCUUUACAAGCAGUCUUUAAGCUCCAAAGAUUCUUCACCAGUACCACUCACUCCAGAUUAUGGUGGACCAGUUGUUAGUUAUGCUGAUGGGGUGUUUGAUGCACGUUUUAACCGUUUUAUCACUGUGAGGGAAGAUUGUCGCGAAAGCAGCAUGAAUUCAAUCACAACAGUUGUAACAGUAAGGCUUGAUGGAAAGGACAUUCAGGAAUCAGAAACACUCGUAGGUGGAUGUGACUUCUAUGCCUUCCCGCGUCUGGAUGCCAAAGGAGAACGACUUGCAUGGGUUGAAUGGUGCCAUCCUAACAUGCCAUGGGAUAUGUCUCAACUUUGGGUUGGGUAUAUAUCUGAGAAAGGGGAAGUCUCAAAACGAGUCUGUGUUUCUGGCUCUGAUCCUGCAAUUAAGGAAUCUCCAAUUGAACCCAAGUGGUCCGCAAAAGGGGAACUAUUUUUCAUUACUGACAGAAAAAGUGGGUUUUGGAAUCUCUAUAAAUGGGUUGAGUCUACUAAUGAGGUCAUAUCAGUUUAUUCUUUGGAUGCUGAAUUUUCCAAACCAUUAUGGGUUUUUGGCUUGAAUUCUUAUGAAUUUAUUGAGAGCCAUGAACAAAAGAACCUUAUUGCUUGCAGCUAUAGGAAAAACGGGAGAUCAUAUCUUGGAAUUGUGGAUGAUGUUCAGGGCUCAUUAUCCCUGCUUAAUAUUCCUUUCACGGAUAUUGAUAAUAUUACUUUGGGGAUUAAUUGCCUAUAUGUGGAAGGAGCAUCAGAAGUUCAUCCGUUGUCUGUUGCUAAGGUGACAUUAGAUGAUCAAAAAUCAAAAGCAGUUGAAUUCAAGAUUACUUGGUCUUCUUCACCCGAUUGCUUAAAAUAUGAGUCCUACUUCAGCCUACCUGAAUUAAUUGAGUUCCCAACAGAAGUUCCUGGUCAAACUGCCUUUGCAUACUUUUAUCCACCAUCAAAUCCUAGCUACCAAGCAACUAAGGACGAAAAGCCUCCACUAUUACUGAAAAGCCAUGGAGGACCCACAGCUGAAGCACGUGGAAUUUUAAAUCUAAGUGUUCAGUACUGGACUAGUCGUGGUUGGGCAUUCGUUGAUGUUAACUAUGGUGGAAGCACUGGUUAUGGCAGAGAAUAUCGUGAAAGGCUGUUGAAGAAAUGGGGAAUUGUGGAUGUAAAUGAUUGUUGCAGCUGUGCUAGUUAUCUGGUGGAAUCUGGAAAGGUAGAUGGGAAACGACUUUGUAUUACUGGAGGCUCUGCAGGUGGAUACACAACCUUAGCUGCACUUGCAUUUCGAGACACCUUCAAGGCUGGAGCUUCCUUGUAUGGUGUAGCUGACUUAAACAUGUUGAGGGCCGAAACUCACAAAUUUGAAUCUCAUUAUAUGGAUAAUCUUGUUGGUAGUGAUCAGGAUUUCUUUGAUAGAUCACCAAUCAACUUUGUUGAUAAAUUUUCUUGCCCAAUAAUCUUAUUCCAAGGAUUGGAAGACAAGGUUGUACCCCCAGAUCAAGCUCGUACAAUUUACCGUGCUCUGAAGGAAAAGGGCUUGCCAGUUGCUCUCGUGGAGUAUGAAGGAGAACAACAUGGUUUCCGCAAGGCUGAGAACAUUAUAUUCACUCUGGAACAGCAAAUGGUUUUCUUUGCACGUUUAGUUGGACACUUCAAGGUUGCAGAUGAGAUUACUCCGAUCAAAAUUGAUAACUUGGAUUAAGCAUUUAAGAAAGAGGUGCCUCAUUCUGGAAUCUUUUACUCUGUUUUUAUGUGAUGGACUAGAUUUGCAGGCUUAGGUUCUUAAAGAGAUUCUGCUGCCCUCUGAGAAGUACAAACAAUUUGCUAGUUUGUAGGGGUAACAUUUAAGACAAGCUCGAACUUAUUGUCUGUUGUGAAUGGCUGCAUCCCUGUGAGCGAUGUUUACGUUGAUUGAUACCUUGUUCUGGAAAUGUGGUAGAGUGAAAGCAACAUGUACAUCUGAUGUCAACUUCGCCAUCUUUACUAAAAUUUUACUUCCAAUCCAUUUCUUCAAUGAA